AUGUACUAUGUCUCCUCGGUCGUCCAUGAUGAUCCCGACACUGACAGAUCCCCAGGCCGCAUCAAAACGUACAAUCCGACCGAGAACCAGCCGUUCGUGCUGGGUCUGCCCACCGGCAGCAGCCCGGAGAUCAUCUACAAGAUCCUGGUGCAGCGCCACCGCGCCGGCGAGAUCUCCUUCAAGAAUGUCGUGACGUUCAACAUGGAUGAAUACGUGGGCUUGCCGCGCGACCACCCGGAGUCCUACCACAGCUUCAUGUACAAGCACUUCUUCUCACAUGUCGACAUCCCACCGCAGAACAUCAACAUCCUCGACGGCACGGCGCCCGAUCCCACGGCCGAGUGCGCAUCGUUCGAAGCGCGCAUUGCCCGCGUGGGCGGCAUUGAACUGUUCCUGGGCGGCGUCGGACCGGACGGACACAUCGCAUUCAACGAGCCCGGCUCGUCGCUGAACAGCCGCACGCGCGUCAAGACCCUGGCGUACGAUACAAUUCUGGCCAACUCGCGCUUCUUCGAUAAUGAUAUCAACAAAGUCCCCCGCAUGGCGAUGACGGUGGGUAUCCAGACGAUCAUGGACUCGCGGGAGGUGGUGAUCGUCGCGACGGGUGCGCACAAGGCGUUUGCCAUCCAGAAGGGACUCGAGGAGGGAGUGAACCACAUGUGGACGCUCUCGGCCCUACAACUGCACCAGCACCCACUGGUGGUCUGUGAUCGCGAUGCCACGCUGGAACUCAAGGUGAAGACCGUCCGGUAUUUCGAGGGCAUCGAGCAAGCCGGCACGGAUGCGCGCACGCAGGGUCCCGCCCUCGUCUAUCGUCCUCGCACCUACGUCCCCGCUCCGCUGCCGAUUAAGAGGCCCUCGCCGCGCCAGCAGCCCACGCCUGACGGCACGCCGCAGAAGGUGCCCAUGGACCUGCGCAUCAACACGGAGCUCCAGCGCUCAUUGGAGGAGGAUGAGCUCACUCCUGACAGUAUGUCCUCGCGCAUGAUCGACUCGGCCGUUGGUGGUCUUGACAGUACGCUGAAGAACGACCUAGUCCUUGACCGUAUGGGCGCGCGGAUGGCCGCCCACUGA